AUGGAGGCUCAACUUUUUUGUCUAUCAAAAAGCCAAACACAAUUUUUUUUUUUAGUUGAAAUUUUUCACUUCUUUUUUCACCCGAAUUUGACUUUCUUUCAAAUAUAUACCCUUCUGGUUUCCUGUGAAGCAACCUUAAUCAUGUCCGACUUUGAUAAGGAAACUGAGAAUUUUGUUAAUUGGGUGCAAAAACAGUUUUCUAGCGUUUCUUCGAAAUUUGAAGUCGCCGACUUGAGGAAAUCUGGUGAAGGUCGUGGUUUGAUAGCUACAGACAACAUUAAAAAGGGUGAAAUACUAUUUGAACUUUCAAGAGACCAUAUCUUGAAUAUUGAUAAUGCAGCAUUAACGCAGCUGCGAUCUGAGAACAAGGCUGAGUUGUACGCUUUGAACCAAUGGCAAGCAUUGAUUGCCUGUGUUGCCUAUGAGUGGUUUCUCGGUGAGAAAUCCAAGUUUUACCACUACUUCAACGUCUUACCUCUUAACAGGGAGAAUUACUCCAGCCUUAUGUUUUGGAAUGACGAAGAGUUGCAACUUUUAAAACCAUCUGGUGUUUUGGGUAGAAUUGGUAAGGAUGCUGCUGAGCAAAUGUAUGCAAUCCUAAUUGGUAAUGUAAUACCAAAUAAAUUGAAACUGCCUCAAUUAGCAGAAUUUUUAACUUUAGAGAGGUUCCACAUUGUUGCAAGUUUAAUUAUGAGCUAUUCAUUUGAUGUAGAUCAUCCAGAAGAAAUUGAAACUGUAGAACAAGAGGACGCUGAAGAAGAGGAAGUAAACGAAAAAGAGAGUCAUGAAACAAUAAUCAUGGAUGACCAUCAUUGUGAGGACGCACAUCAUGAAAUAAAUCACCAUCAUACUGAAGAUGAAGAUGAUGAAUUAAGUGUUGAUGAAGACCUCGAUGAAGCAGUUGACCCGGUAUAUGAAGACACAUAUUUCAAGUCAAUGGUACCAUUGGCAGACACACUCAAUUCAAACACAUCACACUUCAAUGCAACCUUAAAGUACGAAAAAACAAAGCUUGUCAUGGUUGCAGACAAGGACAUUCCAAAAGGCGAACAAAUUUUUAACAUAUACGGUGAAUUACCCAAUUCCGAAAUAUUACGCAAGUAUGGAUACGUUGAACUACCUUCCUCAAAAUUUGAGUUUGCAGAACUUCUUCUUAGUUCUAUCAAAGUGUAUUUUGAAGGGCUUUUCUCAACGAAGAUUGAAUGUAUUAAGGAGCCACAGGCAAGUCACUUGAUUGAAUGUAUUAUUGAAACCAUCGCAGAAUCUGAGUAUCUCGACGAGGAAAUGAUGAGAGAAUCUGAUUCAACAAUCAUAUCGGAAAGAUAUGAGAUAUAUGCUAAUGGUGAGGUUUUGAUUGACGUUGUACUUCUACUUCAAAUUCUAACUUCAAUCUUGCAAGCCGGUCAAUCAGAUGAAAAAUGGUUUAAAAAGAUUACAAAAUCUAUCGAAAGGAAACCAUCACCUGAACUUUUAGCCUUGAUAAAUCGAACAAUUCUGAAAUCUUACCAGCUGAUAGAGAGAAACUCAUUUAUCACGAAAUCGGUAAAAGACUAUUUGGAAGAGCUAAUCAAGUUAAGGCUCUCAGAGUAUCCAACCCAUAUAAUUGACGGCACUUAUAACCUUCCCGAAAAAGCUGGAGCAUUUACUAAAAAGGAACUAGCAGAUGUUGUCCUUUUCAAUGAAGCGCAAUGUUUAAGAGAUGUGAUUGAUGGAAAAUUUCCACCGAAAAAUGAGGAUGGCAAUAACAGGUACAUUACAAUUGAUGAUGAUAAGUUUUUGAAGAACAUACUCAAAAGAAAGCUGGAACAAGAGAAAUCAAAGCCAGCCAAAAAGCACAAAAAGUAA